GGAAGCAGUGGAGAGAGGAGAAGGGGGAAGGGCGGAUGCAGGGAGAAGAGAAUGGUUGGAGAUCCACAGAUUCUUCUGAGGGGGGGCUUCACGGCACCGCUGCUGCUGUCCCAGUGCUUGCCUUCCGUCUUGUCACAGAUACCGGACCCCGAGCUUCUACCCACAGAUCCCCCAAAGAAGCCCGACCCGGUCACAUCAGAGACCGUCGUGUUUUGGGGGCUGCGCUUAUGGCAGGUCAUAGGCAUCUUCUCCGUCUUCGUUUUAGCGGUCGUGAUCACUCUGUGUUGCAUUUUCAAAUGUCGGAUCCCAAGGACCAAAAAGGAAAUCGAAGCACGUCAUGCACAAAGACAGGCCGCCAAGAAAUAUGCCAACACGUUAGAGACAGUUCCGCCUCUUAACGAGCUGACGGAGGUCCCUGGAUCUGUCCCUGACACUUCCGCUGUGCAGACGCUCUCCGAGCAGAUCCAAAGCCAAAGUCGUAACAACAGUGACCUCUCCAUAGGCGGGGUCACUGAGGAGCAGCCCCCCUCGCUCCCUUUGCCAGAGACGACCUGAUUAUCUUCUUUAUUUCAUGUUCCUGCGUGCUCUUCCUCGUCAGACUCUAUUCAAAAAAACUAAACCUUUCUAAUAGCCCUCCUAUACAAAUCUUUGAUUGUAAGUAACGGAUCAUCAUCCCUGCAUUUUAAGAAACGCCGCUAGAAAUGACACAAAUAACGUUAGCUUAGCCCCUUGCUUUGCCUUAGCUUUGGACAUUGCAGUAUUAUACUCCAGUCUUCACUUGGCUGCACUUUGCCCUCAGUCUCCUCUUGGAUAAAAUCAGUCUACUAACUAUGGCCAAUAGAAAGGUAAAGAGAGGAGACCCUUGUUCUUCUCCAUUGUUGUUAGCUGUCUCCUUUGGGCUGAUGCAUUCAAUGCAGCUUGUUUUUUUUAUAUAUAGUUUCCCAUUGUUUAAUACUGUAUGAAGACUUAUUUAAACAAAUACAUAGCUGUGCAGAAAGGAAUAUGAAACCAAACAGUGAGAGUUAAGAAAUAUUUUUAAAAAUCAGGCUAAAUUUUAACGCCAGAAAGUGGUUGUAAUUCAUUUAAAAUCUAAGUUACUUGAAAAUGAUUUCAAAUUUAAAGCACAUUUAUUAGUAAUGUAAUAUAUUUAUUUAUUGAGUUUUUAUAAUUAUGUCGUUUUUUUAAUUGAACCAUUCUUGCAUUUAUAAUACCAAUAUAUUGAUAUAAUGCACUUAUUUCAUUACUUUUAAUUUCAACAUUUCUUUAUUAAAAUGACCCUUUGUUGUUGAUUGUUUGGAUCAAAUCCCAUGGUUCUACUGCCUUGUCGGUGUAAGGUUUCUUGCUGUAAGUAAUUAAGACAUGUGAGCUAAUGCUUGCCAAAAAGUGAGCCUAGUCGUUGUCGUCCAAUGAAAAGCAUGUACUGUACCAACACAUUUUUACAUAGUGUCAAAGUAGCCAAAGCUUGCCAAAUAGUAAGCCAGGAUGUUUAUUAAUGAUUAUUGCAAUCAUACAGCAUCAUGCAUGUAUUAGUCAUUAUAGUAUGAAGACAUUCUUACUAUGUAGUAGCACACUUUUAAAUAUGAGAGAGCACAACAGGAUCCUUUUGUUGGCUUUUCAGCAAUCUGUCGCCAUGGCGAUGGCAGGCAACGUGUGCCGGUCUGCAUGUCAAAGCUUUGAGAAAUAAAAAUCCAA